UAAAUACGCCGGCGAAUAUUAUGUACAGUCUCUCUAGUUAAUACUCUUAACACCGAAAGGAAGGAAGACAGCAAAUUAUUUUCAAUAUUGAAUGAAAAUCUGCAAACACUGGAUAAAUCGUAGUACGUAAGCCUGAUUUUAAUCGUGCUUAUUUAAAAAUGCCAGAGAUAGUGGCAGUGAAAGAUUCUGGGGAUGUUGCGGACAGCGAAAUGAAAACUCUUAACGGUUCUGACAGCCAGCCGGCGCGCUCUAGUUCCCCUAAAGCGCCCCGCUACAAACGUCUAAUUGACAGAAUCAACAAACGUAUCAACAAAGGUGCAAGAUUCUUCUCUCUCGAAUUUUUCCCCGCAAGGACCAUUAAUGGAGCUGUUAAUCUUCUUGCAAGGUUCGAGAGAAUGGGUAGUGGAAAACCGCUGUUCUGUGACAUCACUUGGCAUCCAGCAGGUGACCCAGGCAAUGUCGAGAAGCCCACUAGUUCCACGUGCAUGGCUUCCACCAUGUUAAAUUACUGCGGGCUCGAGACCAUGCUUCAUAUUACAUGCGCAGAUCAAAGUAUUGAUGAACUGAAGGCAAAUCUUCACAAAGCCAAGAACCUGGGCAUUAGGAAUCUGCUUGCAUUGAGAGGAGAUCCUCCAGAUGGAAAGGACACCUGGACUUAUCAGGAGGGUGGUCUAAAUUAUGCUUCAGACCUCGUCAGGCUGAUCAGGGAAGAGUUUGGGGACUACUUUGUCAUCUGUGUGGCUGGUUAUCCCACGGGACAUCCAGAGAGUGAGGACUAUCAAGAGGACCUUAGAAAUUUGAAGAAGAAAGUUGAUGCAGGAGCAGAUUUUAUAAUCACCCAGCUGUUCUUCAAGGCGGAGACAUUUAUCAAGUUCUACCAUGAUUGCAGAGCGAUCGGAAUCGAUUGUCCUAUAAUGCCUGGACUUUUACCUAUUCAAGCAUAUCAGUCACUGAGACAUAUAGUGAAACUGUCAAGGUUAGAAGUUCCGCAGGAAAUAAUUGACGAUAUCAAUCCAAUAAAGGACAACGACGAAGCCAUCAGAAACUACGGUGUUGACAUGACUGUGAAAAUGGCAAAAGAGCUAUUUGAAACUGGUUACAUAUACGGAGUUCAUUUUUACACGCUAAACAGGGAAGUAGCGACGAUUGAAAUUUUGAAAAGACUCGGAAUGUGGUCCGAGGAUCCAUGGAGACCAUUACCAUGGAAACCAACGGCAAACUGUAACAGAAUGGAGGAAGAAAUCCGACCAAUAUUUUGGCAGUGCCGACCAAAAAGUUACGUUCAUCGGACAUCAAACUGGGAUGAGUUUCCAAAUGGACGAUGGGGAAAUUCUUCUGCAGCCGCGUUCAAUGAACUUCAGGACUACUACCUGUUCUACUUAAAAAGUAAAGCAACGCAAGAUGACUUGUUAAAACAGUGGGGACAUGAACUGAAAAGUGAACAAGAUGUAUUUGAUGUAUUCAGAAAUUAUAUCACUGGAGAAAAUAACAAAGAAGGUGUGAAGGUGACAAAAGUGCCAUGGAAUGAUGAGGAACUAUCGCCAGAAACGAACUUGAUUACAGACAAGUUGGCAAGCAUCAACGAGCGUGGAGUACUAACAAUCAACUCCCAGCCAAAUAUAAAUGGGGCACCAUCAUCAGACCAAAAUGUUGGCUGGGGUGCACCAAAUGGCUAUAUUUACCAAAAGGCAUACUUGGAGUUUUUCACAAGCAAAAAGAACAUCAGAGCACUGAAGAAAAUUCUUCCGGAAUAUCCUCUCGUCAAUUAUCAUAUCAUAAACUAUAAUGGUGAAGCAGAUUAUACCAAUUGUGACACUGAUGAACCUAUAGCAGUAACAUGGGGAGUGUUCCCAGGCAAAGAAAUCAUACAGCCAACUGUUGUAGAUCCAAUAGCAUUUACUGUAUGGAAGGACGAGGCAUUUGCACUGUGGAUAAAGAACUGGGGCAACUUGUAUCCCGAGGCAAGUCGAUCACGAGCAAUAAUCGAGAACAUUCAUGACAAUUACUCUCUAGUAAACCUUGUGGACCAUGAAUUCCCGAAAGAGUCGUGCUUGUGGGAAAUUGUUGACAGGAUGCUGGAGUUGGCGGGAAAAGAUUUCCAUGAUGAAGAUGAAAAUGGAGUUGCUAUGGAAACAGGUGAUACAGAACUUUUGGCAAAUGGAGCAGGAAAUUGAAAAAGGACAAAAGAAGUUGACCCGAAAACACACUGAAAAAAAAGAAAGAAUGAAAUUUAUUUCAUGUUUUUCAGUGGUAUAUUGAAAUAAAAAUUACCGUAUGUAUUAUACUUAAAAAUUUCACUGUUACAAAAAUAUGAAAAUGUAGGGCCGAAAAAAUCGAAAAAACUCUUAAGAACUAUUUGUAGUUUUCUAACAUAUUAUGACUUUGUAAUGUAAGUGAUAUUAAGCAUAACAUGCAAAAUUCUACAGGUAAAUCUUGGCUAAAACCAUUGAAGAACAUGAAUAAAAAGAAUAUUUGGUUGUUUUACAAGCAAUAUCAAAGUAUUCUGUGUUUGUGAACACCAGAUUUUACACUUUCAUUGUGCCGAUCCUGAAAAUAUUGCAUCUGGUGUUCACUCUGUGGAACAUUAUUCAGUCUUGUACUAAAACAAACAAAUCUUCUCUAGAAGUGUCAUGGAAUAUGUGUGUGAUAAAUUUUAGAUUAUAAGUGCUGUUUGGUAAUGAACAUUAUUUUAUUGUUGUUGUAUUUUACUUGUUUACGUUGUACAUUACUCAUGACAAAAAAAUCUCAACACUUACAUUAUUUGAAUCUAGUGCUUUACAUGAGGGAUUAAUGACAUUUAUGCAGAAAAAGUAAUUGAAGGACUAUUUUUUAUGCUUUUGUUGAUUGAUGUGUAAUUUUUCUGCAGAUUUAUUCAAGCUUGACAUGUAGUUUUAAGAGAUGACAUUUUAUAAUGCAGACAAAACAAAAAUCAAGCACACAGUUAAGGUAUUUUUUGUUUGGGAUUUUUUCUUGUGUUUUCAUCCUUGAAGAUUAUAGGAACAAAAAUGGACGUCCAAAUUUAACAACCUAGUGUUUUAAUUUAUACCUGCAAAAUAUGAGAAACUAAUUUAAUUCUUUUAAUAAGGGUUAGUUUAUUAACUGCCAUGUAUUUCCAAUUAGUCUUGGUCUUGCGCUGUAAUUGGAUUUAGUUUAUUAACUGUCAUGUAUUUUUUAUCAGUCAUGGCCUGAUGCUAUGAAUUGAAUUUAGUGAAUCAACUGCCAUAUGUUGUGCAAGUGCCAUAAUACUGUGAAAUCAUUAAUAUUCGUGGGGGACUAAUUUUCGUGGUUCAGUCAAACCACGAAAUUUAAUCCCAACGAACAAGUACAAUUCCCAUUCAUUUUAUGUUCAAAGUUGAAAUCCACGAUUUCAUAUCCCCAUGAAAAUACCGUUUUGACCAAAACCACGAAAUUUCAUGCCCACGAAAUUAAAUGAUUUUACAGUAUCAGAGAUCAUUGAAAUCACUUACUUCACAUGCUGUGAUUCUACAUAGAUAAGAUAGAAAGCAAGAAGUGUGCUUAAUUUAUUUCAUGAAAUUGCUCUUUCAAUCUUAAGAAAUGACAUUUUGGUUUGUGGAGGUAAAAUAAAGCUUUCUUUAAUAAAUUAAUAGUGUAGAUCUUUUGCAUGUACCAUUAUUUUGAUCAGGUGAAUUUCAGAAAUUUGUUUUCAAUAUCGCUGAAUUGGGGAGAGGGCAGUUUAAUUUUUAGGCUGUAUAGGUGGGAUGAGUCAGACAAGUGCUUUAUAAUUUAAUUUCUUUCUCUUGUAUUAUAUCUUUACACUAAUGGCCUGCUUAGUAGUGUCUCAAGUUUGCCGUGUUCAUUAUGCCAAGAGAGCUUAUUCAUUCUUGUUUUAUUCUGGGGAAAGAAUACUGAAAAUCUGGCAAGUGCAGAACACAAGCGAUAAUUUUGCAGUUUUAGAUUGGAUUGUGUAAAUGUAAAUAAACUGAGACUUUCUUAUACCCAGUUUUGAAAUAUAUUAAUUUUCCAUGUAUUGUCAGUAUUAUAAACUUGUAUUGUUCUUUCAAAAACUAUACAGUAUUCUUUGUAUGUAUGCUGUUGUCCUUGUGUUGACUCCUGGUUCAAAGAUUAUGAAAACAAGUUUGGAGACCAGUCUUGCAUCUCCAGAAUCUUAUUGGAUGAUUCUAAGCUUACUUCUGAAAUUGACCAGUGGUAUGGCUGCACUCAGACUGGUCUUCAAAUUUGAUUUUAUAACUUCAAAUCUGGUGUUCAUGUUACUUUGAAUUAGUCUUUAUGGGCAAGUGCCAGUUUAAUAUACAAUAUUUCUGUAGGAAUAAUUAAAAUAAUACUCUAGAAGUCCUAAUAUAAGAUUAAUACGUGACAAGUGUACAAGUUUAACUUGAACAAAUUUGUGUUUUGUACUGGAGACAUGCCCCAGUGAGUAGGCAGUUUAAUAGACGAGUAUUUCAGUGAAACUGAUAUGUCAGAUCUAUAUGCACGAGCUAUAUAAAUGCUAUCUAUGACUGUGUUAGUGCUCUAAGGAUUGGUGUGCACCAACUAUAUGAUUGCUUUAUACAGUUUACAGUAAAAACUUUUUUGCAAUUUUAGGAAUAGGUCCUCAGUAGUUAGUGCAUUGGAAAAAUGCUCUUGUUCAAAAAUCAAAAUUCUGGAAAUUUCUUACAAUACAGGGUAAAGGUUUUUUUUCUUCAACAGCAAAUGUCUCACUUUACAGUAGCAUUAUACUUUAAUAUAUUUAAUACUUGGUUUUUGUUUUUUUUGUAGUUUUGUAUAUUUCGUAAGGGCAACUUAUUCAAAGUUUUGCGUUAGGGCAUUUCGUGCAAAACUUUGGAAUUUUCUGGUUGGUAUUAUGCCGAGUUACAAGGGCAACGCUUGCUUAUUUUGUGAUAAAUACAUGUACUUUGUGGAACAAAUAAUAAAACUUGAAAAAGUACAUGA